AGCAGCAGCAGCAGCAGUGCGAAGAGGAGAAGACGAGGCGCCCUUGCUGUCUGUCUGUCUGUCUGUCUGUGUGGCGCUGGCGCUGGCGCUGGCAUGGAGGGUCCGAGGGAGGCGCCGGGGCCCGGGCCCUCCUCCUCCUGCUGCUGCCGCCGGCCCCCCUCUGCCUCUGCCCCUGCCUCUGCCUCGGGCCCCCCUUCUGGCCCGGAGCCCCCGGAGCUGCUCCGCCGGGCGCUGGAGUUCAAGAGCCAAGGGGCGCAGUGCUACAAGGAGAAGAAAUUCCGCGAAGCCAUCGGCAAGUACCACCGGGCGCUUCUGGAGAUGAAGGGGCUGCUCCUGGCCCCCGACCAGGAGGAAGAGGAGGAGGAAGGCCAGCCCGGACCCCGAGCCCGCCUCAGCCAGGCCCAGAGGCAGCUCCUGGAGAGCACCGAGGUCGACUGCUACAACAGCCUGGCAGCCUGCCUCCUUCAAGCUGAGCUGGUGAAUUAUGAGCGAGUCAAAGAAUACUGCCUGAAAGUACUGAAGAAGGAAGGAGAGAACUUCAAGGCACUCUAUCGGUCAGGUGUGGCCUUCUACCACCUCGGAGACUACAACAAGGCACUUUACUACUUGAAUGAAGCACGGUCUCGACAGCCAACAGAUACCAAUGUUAUACGGUACAUCCAGCUGACAGAAAUGAAGCUUAGCAGAUGUUCCCAGAGAGAAAAAGAUGCUUUGUGAGAAGAAACUGAGUUAUGAGUGGACAUUUCCUCCCUGAUGAUGCCCAUGCAGUGGUUCUUCCGCCCAUACGGUUCUACCUUAGUUGACAGUUUUUCUUGCACACUCCCCUCUUUACUUUUGAUCUGAGCUCAAAUGGGUUGUUUUUGAAGGAGAAUCAAACUUUGGAUCUGGCUUUGGCUAUUUGAUGGCCUAACAAUACCUCAGUCCUCCUAGCACAAUUCUGUGGUCAGCCAUGUUCUGGAACUUGGAAGGAAGGAAACUAAAGGACUGAAGGAAACAAGGGAGGGGGGGGGUCUACUUUGCCUUGUGCUUGCUUAGUGGUUGCUGCUGUUGCUGUACCAACAAACAAACAAAAAACAAUCCACAGCUCACCCUUUCUUUCAAAUGAUAAGAUGACAAUGAAUAAAGAAAAAUCUUCAGCUAUCUAGGGAGACAUAUACUCUGCAACCCACUUGGGCAGCUUCCUUGCACUUGUUGAUUGUUGUAAUCCAGAGAGAGGCUAUCUGCUCAAGAUCUCAUGUCAAUGAGAUCCAUUUGCAAUAUGCUGUUUUUAAAACAUGAGUUGGGGGAGAUAUACUUUAAGCAAUGAACUUUAAAGCCUGGAAAGGCUUUGAGACAUGGGCAAAGCUAAAGGAGAAUGUGAAAGGACACUGCAUUGUUUCGGGAAUAAUACUGUGGAAUGAUUAAUAUUGAAUAUACAUUGUUUGACAGGCAGCAAACCUAUAUACAUACAUAAUAUAUAUAUAUAUAUUUUAGAAGGCACACCUGGGCCUAAAGGAGUGUCUAAAGGAGCAGCAUGACUUUGUAACUAGUUUCAGUCCAAACUGUGGAAACUGGAGCACUGAAUUAUGGUUUUAUCACCAUCUUGAUAUGCACCUGUGGGCAAGUCACUUACUUUUUCUGUGCCUCAGUUUCUCCAUCUGUAUAGUGGGGAUACUAAUGCCUCCCUACCUCACAGGGGGUGUUGUGAGGGUUUGUUAGUUAAUGUUUGUACAGUGCUGAAUAUUAUUAUUGGUACACUGGA